UAAAAUUGACUUUUACGAUGUCAUAAUAAAUCUUUAGUUUUCGAAAGAUUUCAAUUUUCAUGAAUUUGGAAACAAAAGGAGAGCAGAUAAAACAAAUCGUCCUCCGGCGCAGGCCCGUUGGAAUGGUAAAAAUAAACACACUUGGAAGGAUCACAGCCAAAAGUAAAUAGUAGCGCGAAAGUGAAAACGAAUGUAGGAUAUCCAAAAUCAAAAUUUAAAGGAGACGUGGUUAGUAUUGCAAGCCAUUACUUAUGACCCAUUGCAAUUUACAAUCCAUGGGGUGGUUUGAAAGCUUCUAAACAUCGUAGGUACAUAUCUAUGCACACAAAAAAAAGUGCCAGCAGAAAGCAGCAAACGAAUAUACAUGUAUGCUUCACCCCGUCAUGCGCAUAGGAACUUUUUGAGCAUGUAAGCAGGGGAAGGUAGUCUGCUCGUUGCUAGUUCCAAAUGGAAAUUAAGUGUGAGAUGCACAAAAAUUUUAGUAGUUUACUAAGAACGCGGACGUUGACAUAACAAUGCACAAACACGGUAUUUUCGAGCAGGAAAAUAAAUUUUCGAUGUGAAACAAAUUUAGUUCAAUAUUUAUUAGUUGUGAAACAUUGUAAAAUCAGAAAAGAAAAAUAUCAAGAGUUUUGCCAAAGUACCAAAAACUUUCAAACGGCAAUACACAAAAUAAAAAUAAUAGUUUGGAAAUACAUAGAUAUUAUGAUUGUGUCAAAAAAGUCAACCAUACGAACAACGGUUUUGUGUCUGUUGCAACUGAAUGAGUCCCAAGCGAUUCUAGUAUAUGAAAAUACAUAUGAAUUUAUGUAGAUCUCUACAUUCAUAUAUGUGAUUUCCAACGUCAUCUGUGUGUCAGGAAAAUCUAUAAAGUUUUCAUAAACCUGAUAGAGGAAAAAUCAACAAAAAAUUAAAGAAGCGCAUAAACAUCAAAAAUACAUAAAUAAAAAAUAAAAGGCUUUAUAAGUUAAAAAUUUUUCUUAAAGAAGUGACGUCUGAAUAUAAUAAUAAAAUAUUGGAAACUACGUUCUUCUAUAAUAGCUCCAGGAUAUGUCUCUAGAAGAUCCAUUCUUCGUUGUGAAGGACGAAGUAUUCAAGGCAUUAAAUAAAACGCGUGGUCUUUAUUUGCGUUGGCGUGAUCUAAGCGAUAGCAGCGGCAGUACUGAAGUUGAAUGGACUACAACCGAGUUAAGGAAUUCGCUGCGUAGCAUUGAAUGGGACUUGGAGGAUUUAGAGGACACAAUUAGCAUAGUUGAAAAAAAUCCAAAUAAAUUUCGAAUUGAUAACCGUGAGCUUUUGAGUCGACGGCAUUUCAUCGACAACACACGCGAUGAAGUCAGGCAGAUGAAAGAGAAGAUGAGCCUGAAUAGGAACAGAGACAGGGAUAUUACAGCACAUCAACCACUACUUGAUGAACACAACCAUAACGAAAUCAAUCAUCAAAACAAUCAAAACGGCAACAGUAAUUACAUCAACAACUAUAACAACAGCUUAAAUAACAGUAGUCAUCACAAUAAUCAUAGUCAACAGCAGAAUCAUCACAAUCAUCAUCAUCAUCACAGUAGCAACGAUAAAACCUAUCUGGUAGAGUGUUCGAACGGUGGCUUGGGCGGCGGUCUCUUACAACAAAAUUCAUUGAUAACCAGCGGCAGUGGUGUGGCUAAUUCAAUUGCCGGUACAAUGGCCGCAGCGGCACAGCGUCACAGUAGUACAAAAUAUUCCAAAUUGGAGAAUACAGUCGAUAGUCCGGGCCAUUAUGCAUCACUUGACAGUCCGGGGCAUCGUUUUGUUGGUGAAACUGUAUCGGUGCAGCAGCGUAUGCUGCAAGGACAAGAUGAGCAACUGGAUAUGAUAAGUGAUUCCAUUGGAACGUUAAAGACUGUGUCACGACAGAUAGGCGUGGAGUUGGAUGAGCAGGCUGUCAUGCUUGACGAUUUUGGUAAUGAUUUUGAUACAACGGAGUCCAAACUGGAUACAACCAUGAAAAAAGUUGCCAAAGUAUUGCACAUGAACAGUGAUAAACGACAGUGGGCUGCAAUUUUCAUACUAUCCGCACUUUUGUUAAUUGUGAUAAUUUUGUUUAUAAUUUUGUAAACACAUCGCCCUAAGAAAAAAAUUUCCCAAUUAUUGUUGACAUUUUUACUAUAUACUCCAAUUAUUUCCAUAUACAUAUAUGUACAAUAUUG